AUGGUUUCUCUACAAUCUCAAAAUAUUUUUGAAGCUAAAAUUGCUCUCUUAAUAACAUUUUUAUUAUAACCAUAUAUUACAUUUGCUUAUGUUUAUACCGGAAUAUGGCAAAGUAAUGUCACUAUCUAAAAUGCAAAUCUGGACAGCUCAAAUACUUCCUUUAUUCUUACAUAACAGAUCUAAAACUGUCCUUACUAAAAAUAAUAUCUAAUAACCCCUUAUUAUUUAGACUUACUUAUCAACAACAAUAAUAAUAACAUUUAAUUUAACAUUUCUAUGACAUAAUAAGCUAGUCAAGUAGCAUUUAGCAUAACAAACGAAUAUAAAAUUUCUUUUUAAAUAGCAGAAAUAUGUCUCAAAAAUGCUUAUGUAAAGCAAAUUAAAAUAGUAAAUCCAGUCUUUGACUCAAAUUAAUAGUAUUAUUUCUAUGAUGAAAAACCUACAAAUUUUAUUAAAGGAAUGCGAGCUUAUGGAUUUAUAACAGGUUUUACUUCAUCAAAAUCAACUGAUUACAGUUUAUAUUUAGAAUAAAGUUCAGCCAAUUUUACAGGAUUUAAUUUCAGAUUCUCAACUAGAUCAUAAAGCUAAAUUAAAGAAAUAAACUUUAAUUAUAUCUAUUUCAGUGAUAAUUAAUAGUAUAAGAACUACUAUAGCAUUCAAUCAGAUUAUUAAUAUGGUCAAAUUGAUAUGAAUUAAAAUUAGUAUCCAAUUUAUUCAUCAGUUAAUUUAGAUAAAAUUAGAUCAACAACAAACAGUCGUAUUUCUAUUUCAUUCUGCACUAAAAAUUAUGUUAACACUCUCUAUAGCAUAAGUGGAUUUAAUUUUUGUUCAGAUCCAUAAAUUUGUGAUGGUAUAAGAGCUAAAAUUUCUUUUGAUUACAAAACUAAUUACUUCAACUACAGCACUUGGGGGACCUCAUAAAUUAAAAGCAUAACGAGUUUUUUUUUGUAGUUUUAAAUGCUUAACUGCUAUCUAAACAAUAAUCAAUAAUAAGUUAAUUACUAAGAUCAAUGCGUAGAUACUUGCCCAGUUGGAUAAAAAGUUAUUGAUACAACGAAUGACUCCAGAUAAAUUUGCUAACCUUGCACAAAUUAGAAGUGCUUGACAUGUAAUUAAGAUUCUUGUACUAGUUGCUAGUCCAAUACCCCAUUUUUGUUUGAAUAGAAUUGCCAAGAAAAAUAACCUUAAAACACUUAUUGUUCUUAAUAAAUAGAUUAAUACAUAUGCAGUAAAUGCCCUACUGACUGUCCUAAUUUUUGUGAUAAAGAUGGAAAUUGUAUAAAAUGUCCAAGCGGCUAAUAUUAUUAUCAUUAAUAAUGUUUUACAGGAAAUCCUCCUCCAAAUACGUACUACGACUAAAACUAAAAAGAAUACUAUGAUUGUCACAUAUCUUGCUUGACUUGUUCUGGAGGUUCAAAUUAAGAAUGCAAUAGUUGUGAUACAACUUAAUUUACCCUGGUAAGUAAUUCGAUGUGUUUUUGUACAGAUCAAACUAAGGGUCUUAACACUUAAAAUGGAAACUGUUAAACAUGCCAAGCUUAAGGUUGCCAAGAUUGUUCUCUAAAUUAUAAGAUAUGUUAAACAUGUUAAAUAGGAAUGAAAUUAAAUAAUAACUAAGCUUGUGAUUGUGAAGAUCCUUCUUAAAAUUUCGUGAGUGAACUCAACCAAUGUGCAACAUAAUACAAAUUAAUAAAUUGCUAAUAACCAUACUCAUAUAACUUGUAUUGCAAUAAAUGUCUGGAAGGAUAUUACAACAUUUAAGGUAUUUGUAAGCUAUGCAGCAAAGGAUAUUAUGCUACAGAUGACAAUUAGUGCAUUGGCAAAUGCCCUCAGUAUUGCAUUAAUUGUUUAAACAGUACUUCUUGUUUAUAAUAUGAUGAUAGCAUACCUUGUUAUUAUGCUUGUUCCUCUUGUACUAUUCCGAAUUCGAAAAAUUCGUGUAGUUCUUGCAUUUCUAAAACUAGAUUUUUUAAUUUAAAAACUAACUCAUGUGAUUGUGUAGACGGUUAUGAAGAAAGUGGAGAAGUUGACUGCAAAUAAAUACCCAAUCCUAUUAGUAGCAGCUUAGUUAAUUCUUUGACUAAUUAUUUUGAGGCCUCCUUUUAUAUUUAAAUGCCAUUUAUUUUCCUUCCAGCAUUCGCUUUUGCAUAAUAUUCUUUUCAUCUUCAAUAAUACAUUGGAAUACUCUCCCUAUUGUAAGAGAAUAGAGGAAAAAAUUUGAGAAAGUAAUUAACUGGAUAUUUUAACAGAUACAAUUUUUACAGUAAUCCAUAAGGAGAUUAAACCUAAUUAACUUAAAGUCUAAUAGAAUGUCUAAAAUAAAAUGACUAUAAUAGAAGUGCAAAAAUAAAUAAUUAAAUCAGCAUGGACUAAAUUCCCAAAUAAUUAGAUACAGAAAUGAUCAGCGAUAUAUUAAGUUCUUCUAAGUCUAGUUCUAAACCACUGCGCAUGAAAUGA